GUGGUGUGCCUUUAUCAAGAACCUCGUGGUUCGCAACCUCAGGUCUAUCUUCGCGCCGCAUCAGAAAAGUUACACUACUUCUAGAAACAACGUAACAUUUGUUGCUACAUAUAUGUCUAUAUAAAUAUACUGCUCUUGUACAUCUAUCAAUCCCUCUUUUAGCCCCUUUUCACUUUUCAAACAAAACAUCGAUCAAAGUAUCCUGUAAAAGAAAUGCAUCUCACAACUCCUCGACUCUGCACAGCUCUCACUGUGUUCACGAGUCUAAUCAUUUCAUCCUUUGCAAUCGAUACCCCUGCAACGAAGGAUUCUACCAUUCUCCGUUCGACCGUAAGCUGCCCUACAUGUCCCGAUCGUAACUGCUACAAAUGUACGCUGGGUCAUGAUGGCACGCUCCAGGCCAACACCGGUGGACUGGCCUAUAUACGCUCUCUGGUCGCAUUCCAACUUCCUGUCCCGGCUGCCUCCAUCACAUCAUGCACGGUCCAGUUCCCCGCCUUCACAAAGCCCCUCCAGGCACCUGUCAACGUCACGGUAGCCCAGGCGCUCUCUUCCGACUGGGACGAGGAUACGGUUACCGGAGAGAACGCCCCAGAGUCGGGUGACGUAUUUGCGGAGAUUGAGGUCCCUGCCUAUGCGAAUAUGGGGGUCAUCGAUGUUACACCUGCUUGUAAGGGGGCCAAUGAAGAUGGAAAUUUUUCUAUAUUCUUAGGAACAAAGUUUGGCAGAAUUGAGGUUUGGUCGAAGGAUUCGGGAAACCCAGCGAUUCUCCAUAUUACAUCCUCUGCUUGAGUGUUGGUGUGUGGUCUACACGGGUGAUGUCUCUCGUUUCCACAAAUCUGUGUUGGAGGAGUGACUGGGACAUCUUCAGUCUUGAAGGGAGGACAUAAUGGCGCUAGUGUUAGCGAGUUUCUCUACUCUGUCAUUGCUCAUCUUGUUGUCGGAGCUUAUGCGACAAAGGACAUUGAUUGCUUUCGCGAAGGAGCCUCCCAAGUAUGAUAAAUUGCAAGCGAUUGAAGAACUUUGAAUAUACAAAUGUCAGGACUUUUA